AUGGAUCUCGUCACGAAAUGGGGCCACCUCAGUAAGGAACAUAAGGAAAGGAACCGGAGAAAGUCUACCUCCUCCACCGAAGAAAAUAAGGGCGGCGAAGACCAUAAUGAUCAACGGGCGUUCAACUGGCUUCUGGGCAACUUCGGUCGCUCUCACAAUGAUCAUCCUGACCGGAGAUCGAGUGGUGCGGGGAAUAUGGCAACGGAUAUAGCUGAAUGGAGACGGAACCAGAAUUUGAAGAAGUCGCAGGAAGAGGCCCCUGAUUUGCGGCCUCAGGAAGGUAUCUCUGACAUGCAGUCCCAGGAAGGGGUUUCUGAUUUUCGGCGUCAGUGA